AUGCGAAGUAAUUCGAACUUCAAAUCCCCAAAAAACAAAAACUCCACUUCUCCACCUCGCCUUCCCGCGCCUCCAAAGAAUUACGCAUUCGCCGAAGAUUACGAUACACAACCCAUGAAACUCCUCGUGUUGCUUUCCUCGAUGGAACCCGACACACGCCAUUUGUAUUACGAUGUGAAAAACCACAUUUUGAUGUACGAAUUCUUUCAGAAGUUCUAUUCCUUCAAAGCCAUUGUCUUUUCCAACUCCACGAACGUUAUCGAAUUCUGUAGAGAACACAAUGUCACCGUGAUUUCCGACUAUCUGCGAAACCCUUAUAACAUGCCGUAUCUCCGCGAUUUGUUCCUGCAGGCGUUUCAUUUGAAAAAAGCGUUGUAUUACGGGUAUAUCAACGGCGAUAUCGUGCUUUCUCCCGCGAUUUUCGAGCUUCUAAACGAACACGAAAUCGCGGGGCGCGUGGUGAAUAGUCGUUACCGCCAAGUGAUGGAUCCUUCGACCAAAGAAUCAUACCGGGCGUUUCUUUAUGCAUGUGAAAAAAAGGGCCGAUUACGACACUUCAAUAGUGCGGAUUACUUCGUGUUUCCGCGGACAUUUCCGUUUGAGAAGAUGAAGGAUGUGGUGAUAGGUCGGGCGAAGAUUGACAACUAUUUGAUGGCGUUGAUGUAUCGAAUGCACGGCUAUUUGAUUGACUCGACGUAUCGAGUGCUUGGGAUUCAUUUGGGAAUGUACGGCUAUUUCGAUAAGGAAGUGAUUGAUCCGCAAGAGCGGGAGGAUAAGAAUUGGAAUAAGCUGUAUUCGCCGAAUAUUAAGCGAAGCCAUGCGAGUUUGGAGUUUGCGAAGUGGAGAGUGCCGGCGAUUACGAAUGGCGUGGAUUGGCAUUAG